CGUAGCAUGGCUUCUUCACCGCCGCUCCCCGGGAAGAACUCGGAGUACCGGGAAGCCCAGUACUGGGACGAGCGCUACCGGCACGCGCUGGACACCGCCCCCUACGAGUGGUUCGGCGACUUCGAGGCCUUCCGGGACCUCUUGGAGCCCGAACUGCAGCCGCAGGACCGGAUCCUAGUGCUGGGCUGUGGGAACAGUGCACUGAGCUAUGAGCUUUGGUGUGGGGGCUUCCCCAAUGUGAUCAGUGUGGAUUACUCUCCAGUGGUGGUGGCCGCCAUGCGGGACCGCUAUGCCCACGUACCCACGUUGCGCUGGGAAACAAUGGAUGCCCGAGCUCUCAGUUUCUGCGAUAGCACCUUUGACGUGGUGCUAGAGAAGGGUACCCUGGAUGCUCUGCUGGCUGGGGAACGAGACCCCUGGACGGUGUCCCUGGAGGGUAUUCAGACUGUGGAUGAAGUUCUCAGUGAGAUGUUGGAGUAUAAGCGAGCUACCCUUCGGGAUGAUGAGGCUCCUGAGCCUUCACCAGAUGGCAUUGCCUCUCCUGACACAAUGGAGGUGGGCUUCCGGAAAAGGUCAGGACAUCUCCUGAGCUCCCGAACACAGCUAGAACUGACUUUAAUGGGCAUCUCUCUGCUGUUGGGCAUCUUGCUCUUGGUCUGUUCCAUUACCCUGGGGAUCCAGUACAGCCAAGCCACAGUCUCCUUAAAUAAUACCUGCCUGAGCGAAGCCUGCAUUCGGGUGGCUGGCAAGAUCCUGGAGUCCCUGGACCGUGAGGUGAGCCCCUGUGAAGACUUUUACCAAUUCUCCUGUGGUGGCUGGAUGAGGCGAAACCCACUCCCUGAUGGCCGCUCCAGAUGGAAUACCUUCAACAGCCUCUGGGACCAGAAUCAGGCUGUGUUGAAACAUUUACUUGAGAAUGAGACCUUCAACUCCACCAGCGAGGCAGAGCGCAAGACCCAACGUUACUAUCUCUCCUGCCUCCGAGAGCAACGAAUUGAAGAGCUGGGGGCCCAGCCCCUCCGAGACCUCAUCGACAAGAUUGGUGGCUGGAACAUCACAGGACCCUGGGCACAGGACAACUUCAUGGAAGUGUUAAAGAUGGUGUCUGGGACCUACCGGGCCAGUCCAUUCUUCACAGUAUAUGUCAGUGCUGAUGCCAAAAGCUCCAACAGCAACGUCAUUCAGGUGGAUCAGUCUGGUCUCUUUCUGCCUUCCAGAGAUUACUACCUGAACAGGACAGCCAAUGAGAAAGUACUCACUGCAUACCUGGACUACAUGGUGGAACUAGGCACCCUGCUGGGUGGUGACCCCGACUCUACCAGGGAGCAGAUGCAGCGAGUGAUAGAACUAGAAACCGAGCUGGCCAAUGUCACGGUACCCCAGGAUCAGCGGCGGGACGAGGAAAAGAUCUACAACAAGAUGAGCAUCGCUGAGCUGCAGGUCCUGGCCCCCUCAGUGGAAUGGCUGGAUUUCCUAUCCUUUGCCCUGUCGCCCCUGGAGCUGGGAGAUGCAGAGCCCGUGGUGGUAUAUGGGACCGACUAUUUGCAGCAAGUGUCGGAACUCAUCAAUCGCACAGAGAGAAGCAUUCUGAACAAUUACUUGGUUUGGAACCUUGUCCAGAAGACCACCUCCAGCCUGGACCGACGCUUUGAGUCAGCACAGGAGAAGCUGAUGGAGACUCUCUAUGGCACGAAGAAGUCUUGUACACCCCGGUGGCAGACCUGCAUCUCCAACACUGACGAUGCUCUCGGCUUCGCAUUGGGAUCCCUCUUUGUGAAAGCAAUGUUUGACAGAGAGAGCAAAGAGAUUGCAGAGGGGAUGAUCAGUGAGAUAAGGGCAGCCUUUGAAGAGGCCCUGGGGCACCUGGUGUGGAUGGAUGAAAAGACCCGGCAGGCAGCCAAAGAGAAAGCCGAUGCCAUCUACGACAUGAUUGGCUUCCCUGAUUUCAUCUUGGACCCUAAAGAACUGGACGAUGUUUAUGAUGGUUAUGACGUUUCAGAAGAUUCCUUCUUCCAGAACAUGUUGAAUCUGUACAACUUUUCUGCCAAGGUGAUGGCUGACCAACUUCGCAAGCCUCCCAAUCGGGACCAAUGGAGCAUGACCCCACAGACAGUGAACGCCUACUAUCUUCCAACGAAGAAUGAGAUUGUCUUCCCGGCUGGCAUCCUGCAGGCCCCCUUCUAUGCCCGUAGCCACCCUAAGGCCUUGAACUUCGGAGGUAUCGGUGUGGUGAUGGGUCAUGAGCUGACACAUGCUUUUGAUGACCAAGGACGGGAGUAUGACAAAGAAGGGAACCUCCGACCUUGGUGGCAGAAUGAAUCCCUGGCUGCGUUUCAGAACCACACCGCUUGUAUGGAGGAGCAGUAUGGGCGGUACCAGGUCAAUGGUGAGCGACUCAAUGGACGGCAGACUUUGGGCGAGAACAUUGCUGACAACGGGGGUCUCAAGGCUGCCUAUAAUGCUUACAAAACAUGGCUGAGGAAGCAUGGGGAGGAGCAGCAGCUCCCUGCCGUGGGAUUUACUAACCACCAGCUCUUCUUUGUGGGAUUUGCCCAGGUGUGGUGCUCCGUGCGCACCCCCGAGAGUUCACAUGAGGGCCUGGUGACAGACCCCCACAGCCCUGCCCGCUUCCGAGUGCUGGGAACCCUCUCCAAUUCCCGGGAUUUCCUUCAACACUUCAACUGCCCCCUUGGUUCUCCCAUGAACCCUGGGCAACUCUGUGAGGUGUGGUAGCAGCCCGGAGCACACAGUGCCCUGGGACUGCCCUUUCCUGCACCCAAGUCCCUUUCCCCUCCCCAGGGGCCCUGGGCUUUCCUGCAGGGGAGCCAGAUGCUGGGGGUGGGGGGCGGCCGUGCUGGGCUGUUCUCUUCCCCGAGAUUAGGAUGCAGCUGAAAGCCCAGGCCCUGCUUCCUUCUGCUGACUGUGAUGCCAUAUCCCGAGGUCCCCGGUCCUUACCUAUCCCCCUCAACCACCGCGAUGUGCCACUGGUUGGAGGAGGCUCCUCUGGCUUGAGCUGAGCUCCUCCCUCAUCAUUCACUGUGACAGCCCCCUCUUCUCCGGCCUAGAUGCUAGCCAGAUAUCUGGGGGUGGGGGCAAAGCCGACCCAGCAAAGGGGAGCUCAGCAUAGGAUGUAGGGAUCUGUCUGCAACAGGAUCUGGUCCCUUUCCUGCCACAUUAAAGGAGUCAUCCCACUGUAGAGACCCUUGCACUGGCGGUCUUGGGGGUCAGCUUGCCAGUGAGCCCCGUCUGAUCCAGCAGGGGCUGGGGCUUGGUAGCUACAUGCGGAUGACAUUUCAGGGCUGUGAUGGAGCAGAUAAAAGUAGUCCCUGGUCUUUCUGGCAUCCCGGGAGAAUCAGUGCCCUGCUUGGGAACCCAGACAACCUUGGAUCCCUGUUGCAGCAUUGGGAGCUGAGCCAGAGUGGCUGCUCCCAACUGCUGCUGUCUCUCCCCUGCUCUAGGGUCAGCUUUUAGUUGGAGCUUCCACCCAAAAGCCUUUGCCCGAUGACAUUCUCCAUUCCAGAUUCAAGCUGUGCUGGGGGGUGGGGGGGAGGUAGGAGGGGAUGU